UGCUGGGAGUAUAGAACAACAUCUAAACAUGCUGGUGGGAGACGGGAUCAUGGUGCUGUCGAUCCCGGAGCGAGGAUCAGAGCGGGGCAAACGGACAGGGGUAUGGUCACUUGCAAUUGACAUGCCCCGCAUUGGUGUCAAUUGUUCCCCAACUCCAACCAAACCUCCACUGAAGCUCACAAGUUGUCAUCUCCAUCCAGCCCACGAAAUCUCCAGUUCCCCUCCAACAAACGCAACAGCAACCAGACAUCACCACAUAUAGUUCUUCACUUAGUUGCGCCGACAUUCACCCAUUCUCUCUGACUAAACCUCUACCUUCCUUCCGAAGUGACCAAUAGAUCCCACAAUGAGCGACCAAGAACCGAGGUCUCUCAAGGCCACCUUCGCCGCCGCCGAGGACAAGCGCCUCUCGCUCGAGAACUCGCCACCCAGUCCCUCCGACUACGCCGACACCCUCUCCGCCGCCAUCAAGCUCUACCAAUCCUGCCUCUCCCAGAUCAGCGCCCUCUCCCUCUUCAGCUCCAACGAAGGACUCGAAGACCUCAACACCAACGACCUCCCCUACCUGCUCGUCAACUACCACCUCGCCGAGCUCAUCCAAAAGAUCCCCUCGCCCACUCCCGACCCCACAGAACGGAAGCGCCUCCUCGCCCAGGCCCGCGAAGCCUACGAGCGCUACCUCCACCUGCUCGACAGCUACGAAGGGCUCCUGAACCCGACCUACAAGAAGCUUCUCGAGCGUUACACCGACAGCCCGACCGAGUUCAGCGUCGCCGGCUCGUCCGCCUCGGACCCGAACGCCCGUCGCAACGCCAAGAUCGCCAACUUCAAGGCCGAGAAGGAGCUGCGCCAGAAACUCGCCUACCUGCGACAACGACCCGCGUAUGCCGCCGCCGACCUCGAGCUGGACGAUGACGAGUCAACAAAUCAGAGAGGAGGAGGAGGAGGAGGAAGCACAGGCGACGAGGAAGUCGUCCGCUCCGUCCACCUCGCCCACCUCGAUCUGUGCACACACCUGACCUUCCAAGCGCUUGAAAGCCUCAACCGCGAGCUGGAGGUGCUCAACAUGGCUCCGCGCGAGCCUGCCUCGUUACCGUCGGCGCAACUACGAAACAACCAGGCAGGAGACGCGGGCGCGCAAGACGAUCUACGGCGACGACAAGGAGGAGGCGCGGAUUCGCGUGACUACAGCGACAAGCUCGAUAUGCCGUUUAGUCGGCUGCAGGGGAUACUGGGUGGGAGCGGACCGCUUUUGUCCAAGGAGGGCAGGCCGUUGCGGCCGUUUACGCUGACGGGGACGAGGCAGGAGAUUGCCAAGGGGGUGUUUAGGCCGGGCCAUAAUCUGCCGACUAUGUCGAUCGAUGAGUACUUGGAGGAGGAAAGGAGGCGGGGCGGGAUCAUUGAGGGAGGCGGAGAGGCGAGUUGGAAGGCGGGAGAGAAGGAUCCGAAUGAUGAGGAUGAUCAUGAGAAGCUGGAUGCGGAGACGAUGAAGGCGAGGGCGUGGGAUGAGUUUGUGGAGGCGAAUCCCAAGGGUAGUGGGAAUACGUUGAAUAGGGGGUGAUGGGUCUUGGAAUGGAUUGCGAACGGGCUGUGGAUGAGAUAUAUGGAUUAUAUGAUACCAAACAGUUUGAUAUAGAAUUUGAAGUCGAAACAUCAUAAUCGCUGAUACAUGAUUCUCUCUAGCGACCACUGAUGAUGUCUGACUAUGGCACGAGUAGGUACAACGCCACCACUGGCCAUACUACCUAC